GCUUUCGCUGUUUGCACGUGUGAGGCUUCAGUCACAUUGGCAGAUCCACAGCGGCACAAUGAAAAGACCAAAGUUACGGAAAGCAAGUAAGAGGGUCUCCUGUGCCAAACGUUAUAAAAUACAGAAAAAGGUCAGAGAGCAUAACAGAAAGUUAAGAAAAGAGGCUAAAAAGAAGGGACUGAAAAAACGUGUAAAGAAGGAUCCCGGAGUGCCCAACAGCGCCCCCUUCAAGGAGGAGGUCCUCAGAGAGGCAGAGCAGAGGAGGCUGCAGAUUGAAGAAGAAAAAGAGAGAAUACGCCAAAUAAAAAAGGAGGAGCGAGCCCAGAAAAGGAAAAAGGAGAAGGAAGAUGCUGUCAAACAGGCAGAGCCCAGCGCAAAGAAAGCUCGCACGGAUACCAAAGCAAAUGGUGCAGAGAAGCGUUCAGCUCCAAACAAAAACUCUAAACAGCACCUUUGUACUGAGCUGAACAAGGUGAUAGACGCUUCUGAUGUGGUGAUAGAAGUCCUUGAUGCCCGGGAUCCACUGGGAUGCAGGUGUCCACAGUUGGAGGAGGCCAUUCUGCUUAAGGGAGGCAACAAGAAAUUGCUUUUGGUGUUAACAAAAAUAGAUCUUGUACCAAAGGAAAAUGUGGAGAAGUGGAUGGAGUGUUUCCAAAGGGAGUUUCCAGUGGUAGCCUUCAAAGCUUCGACGCAGAUCCGCAGCAAAACUGUGAAAGCCAGAAGGAGGAAAAUCGUAGCCUCCAAUGAAGUCCUUGACAAGUCAAAAGGGGCAGUGUGCUUUGGCAGCGAAUGUCUGGCUGAGCUGCUAACGGCGUAUGCUGCUAAAACGCAGAAUGAAUCCACUCUCAAAGUGGGCAUAGUUGGUUUUCCUAAUGUAGGAAAAAGCAGCCUGAUUAACUGCUUGAAAGGGAUGAUGGCGUGCCAUGUUGGCGCUGCAAAGGGCACCACAAAAAACAUGCAGGAGGUGCACAUAUCAAAGGCUGUGAAGCUGUUGGAUAGCCCAGGAGUCGUGGCUUCGCCGUCCAACCCGGCAGCCUCUAAGACCCUGAGGAGCCUGCAGGUGGAGGAGGGUCAGGAGAGCGUGCUGGAAGCUGUCAAUACGUUGUUGAAGCAGUGUGAUAAGAUGCAGAUCAUGCUUCAGUAUAACAUCCCAGACUUCAGGAAUUCCUUGGAGUUUUUGACCCUGUUGGCCAAAAAGCGCGGCUUUCUGCAGAAAGGCAGCGUUCCAGACACAGAGCAGGCAGCCAACACUUUCCUCACUGAUUGGACAGGAGCUAAAUUAAGCUACCACUGUAAAGUGCCAAGCAACUACAGCCUCCCUGUCUACGUGACUGACGAGGUGGUGUCUGAGAUGCAGAGCGGCUGGGAUCUGGAUAAAGUGACGGCGGGAAACAAAGAAACACUGAAAGGUGUUAAAUUUCCAAGCCUUUCCAGCAGCAUGAUCUUCGGCUGCAGAGGUCCGACUGCAGGUCUGCUGAACGUGAGCAGCAUCCCUGAGGAGCAACCAUCCGUGGAACCGGAGGAGCAGGACAACAGUGAGGACGAUGAGCCUGAACAAACCGAGGAGUUGGACGAAACGGAGGAACAUGAGAAACCCCAGAAAAGAGUCAAAGAUAAACCCAGGAAAGUGCAUUUCCAGUCUGCCCCUGUCGACAUCAGCCUCUCUACAGUUCAUACAGACGACGCCUAUGACUUCAACACUGAUUUUAAAUGAACAUUUACUCAUAUUUUUGCCACAAAGAUCUCGAACAGCUUCAUAAACCAUGUGAUUGAAGUCAGUCCUGCUGAUUUAGUUUUUCUUAAAUGAAUCUGGCCGAUACCAUGG